CUCCGGCUGGCGCCGCCGCCUCGCGCGCUCUAGCUCCGCCGCCACUGUCCGGGGGGCUGCUCCUCCCAAGUACCAUGUGUGACGGCGCCCUGCUGCCUUCUUUCGUCCUGCCCUUGCUGCUGCUGCUGGUUUGGGGACUGGACCCGGGCACAGCUGUCGGCGACACUGCAGCCGACGUGGAAGUUGUGCUCCCGCGGCGGGUGCGCCCUGACGACGUGCACCUGCCGCCACUGCCCCGCAUCCCCGGUCCCGGAAGACGGCGUCGACCCCGCGCGCCCCCCGCGCGCCCCCCGCCCGGAGAGCGCGCUCUGCUGCUGCACCUGCCGGCCUUUGGGCGCGACCUCUACCUGCAGCUGCGCCGCGACCUGCGCUUCCUGUCCCACGGCUUCGAGGUGGAGGAGGCCGGCACGUCCGGGCGCCGCGGACGCCCCGCUGAGCUGUGUUUCUACUCCGGCAGUGUGCUCGGCCACCCAGGCUCCCUGGUCUCGAUCAGCACCUGCGGCGCCGCCGGCGGCCUGGUCGGCCUCAUCCAGCUGGGGCAGGAGCGGGUGCUCAUCCAGCCCCUCAACAACUCCCAGGGCUCGGCCAGCGGACGGGAGCACCUGGUCAGGCGCAGAUGGCCCUCCACAUCCAGCCCCGCCACCGAGGCCCCGGAACCUGGGCAGCUCUGCCAGGUUCUCACAGAGAAGAAGAAGCCGUGGAAGGGGAGGCCCUCCCGGGACUGGCGGGAGCGGAGGAACGCCAUCCGGCUCACCAACGAGCACACGGUGGAGACGCUGGUGGUGGCCGACGCCGAUAUGGUGCAGUACCACGGGGCCGAGGCCGCCCAGAGGUUCAUCCUCACGGUCAUGAACAUGGUUUACAAUAUGUUUCAGCACCAGAGCCUUGGAAUUAAAGUUAACAUUCAAGUCACCAAGCUUGUCCUGCUGCGGCAGCGACCUGCCAAGCUGUCCAUCGGGCACCAUGGGGAGCGGUCCCUGGAGAGCUUCUGUCACUGGCAGAAUGAGGAAUAUGGGGGCGCACGGUACCUCGGCAACAACCAGGUCCCAGGAGGGAAGGACGACACGCCCCCCGUGGACGCCGCUGUGUUUGUGACCAGGACAGAUUUCUGCGUACACAAAGAUGAGCCGUGCGACACCGUCGGGAUUGCUUACUUAGGAGGUGUGUGCAGCGCUAAGAGGAAAUGUGUGCUCGCCGAAGACAAUGGGCUCAAUCUGGCCUUCACCAUCGCCCAUGAGCUGGGCCACAACUUGGGGAUGAACCACGACGAUGACCACUCGUCCUGCGCCGGCAGGUCCCACAUCAUGUCGGGAGAGUGGGUGAAGGGCCGGAACCCCAGCGACCUCUCCUGGUCCUCCUGCAGUCGGGAUGACCUUGAGAACUUCCUCAAGUCGAAAGUCAGCACCUGUCUGCUGGUCACGGACCCCAGGAGCCAGCAUGCGGUGCGCCUGCCCCACAAGCUGCCCGGCAUGCACUACAGCGCCAACGAGCAGUGCCAGAUCCUGUUUGGCACCAACGCCACCUUCUGCAGAAACAUGGAGCAGCAUCUGAUGUGUGCCGGACUGUGGUGCCUGGUGGAAGGGGACGCCUCCUGCAAGACCAAGCUGGACCCUCCCCUGGACGGGACCGAGUGCGGGGCGGACAAGUGGUGCCGAGCCGGGGAGUGCGUGAGCAAGACGCCCAUCCCGGAGCACGUGGAUGGAGACUGGAGCCCCUGGGGCGCGUGGAGCAUGUGCAGCCGCACCUGCGGGACCGGAGCCCGCUUCCGGCAGCGGAAAUGCGACAACCCCCCCCCCGGGCCUGGGGGCGCACACUGCCUGGGCGCCAGCGUGGAGCACGCCGUCUGCGAGAACCUGCCCUGCCCGAAGGGCCUGCCCAGCUUCCGGGACCAGCAGUGCCAGACGCACGACCGGCUGAGCAGCAAGAAGAAGGGCCUGCUGACCGCGGUGGUGGUCGAUGAUAAGCCGUGUGAACUAUACUGCUCACCCCUGGGGAAGGAGGCCCCGCUGCUGGUGGCCGACAGGGUCCUCGAUGGCACGCCCUGCGGGCCCUACGAGACCGACCUCUGCGUGCAUGGCAGGUGCCAGAAAAUUGGCUGUGACGGCAUCAUCGGAUCAGCGGCCAAAGAGGACCGGUGCGGCGUCUGCAGUGGGGAUGGCAAGACCUGCCGCGUGGUGAAGGGCGACUUCAGCCACUCUCGGGGGACAGGUUACAUCGAAGCGGCCAUCAUUCCCGCCGGUGCGCGGAGGAUCCGCGUGGUGGAGGACAAACCGGCCCACAGCUUUCUGGCUCUUAAGGACUCCAGUAAGAGGUCCAUCAACAGCGACUGGAAGAUAGAGCUGCCCGGCGAGUUCCAGAUCGCAGGCACCACUGUGCGCUAUGUUCGAAGGGGCCUGUGGGAGAAAAUAUCUGCCAAGGGACCGACCAAGAUACCACUGCACCUCAUGGUGUUGUUGUUCCACGAUCAGAACUACGGCAUUCAUUACGAAUACACCAUUCCCGUCAACGGCAGUGCUGAGAACCAGAGUGAGCCGGAGAAACCGCAGGACUCUCUGUUCAUCUGGACGCACAGCGGCUGGGAGGGCUGCAGUGUUCAGUGUGGAGGAGGGGAACGCAGGACCAUCGUGUCCUGCACUCGGAUUGUGAACAAGACCACAACUCUGGUGAACGACAGCGACUGCCCUCCGGCCAGCCGACCAGAGCCCCAGGUCCGCAGGUGCAACUCACACCCGUGCCAGUCCCGGUGGGUGGCAGGCCCCUGGAGCCCCUGCUCGGCGACCUGUGAGAAGGGCAUCCAGCAUCGGGAGGUGACCUGCGUGUACCAGCUGCAGAACGGCACACACGUCGCCACGCGGCCCCUCUACUGCCAGGGCCCCCGGCCGGCACCCGUGCAGAGCUGCGAAGGCCAGGACUGCCUGUCCAUCUGGGAGGCGUCGGAGUGGUCCCAGUGCUCCGCCAGCUGCGGGACGGGGACGAAGAGGCGCACUGUGACCUGCACCAACUCGCAAGGGAAGUGCGACGCGUCCACCAGGCCGAAGGCCGAGGAGCUGUGCGAGGACUACUCCGGCUGCUACGAGUGGAGAACCGGGGACUGGUCCAAGUGCUCGUCCACCUGCGGGAAGGGGCUGCAGUCUCGCGUGGUGCAGUGCAUGCACAAGGUCACCGGCCGGCACGGCAGCGAGUGCCUGGCGCUCGCCAAGCCGGCGGCCUACCGCCAGUGCCACCAGGAGGUCUGCAACGACAAGAUCAACGUGAACACCAUCACCUCCCCCCGCCUCGCUGCUCUGACCUACAAGUGCACUCGUGACCAGUGGACCGUGUACUGUCGGGUCAUCCGGGAAAAGAACCUCUGCCAGGACAUGCGGUGGUACCAGCGCUGCUGCCAGACGUGCAGGGACUUCUACGCCAACAAGCUGCGCCGGCCACCACCGUCACCGAGCUCAUGACACGCACCCCUCGGUCCCUCCAUGCUCCCACGUGAGGUCUGAGUCCCAACCACAGGGCCAGCUGAGAGCCCGCCCCUCCGAGAGCACACUGUCCUGCAGCUGGGACCCCGCAAGCACAGCGCCGGUCUCCCGUGGGCUGCCCUGGGACUCCAGUCCCCGUAGAACUUGAGUGUGGACUUGACGUUUGCCGUUCGGGCGUUUAUACUUAAUAUAUUGUUCACGGCCACUGGAUGGCUUUCUGCAGUGAGGAAAGGAGCAGUCACGAGGCCCAGGAUGACCACGGCCUCGGCGGUCCCGUGUGCCCCCAGCAGGGCGUCUGCAGUGGCCGUCCACAGGGACGUGGUGGGUGCCUCUGUUCUGCUUCCUGCUGAUGUCGGGAUUCACGGCGCUUGACGGACCGCGGGGGAACAUCCACAGCGAGACAGGAGACAUUCACACGGGCUUUGUUCUGAAAGCCAGCGGCACCCUGGGCAGAAGGACAGAUGCCAGCGAGCCUCUGCUGGCGGCCCCUCGGAGAAGGCCGGGCUGCCAGGGCCCUCGUGACCACACAGGGCCUUGGCCCGCCCGCCUGCCGGAGCCGUGCUCUCCCGACCCGGGCCCCCACCUCGGAACUCUUCCUCCGAGCGUUGGGAUCUGCGUCCGCGGACGAGGAAACCAGGGCCAAGGAGCUCUGCGCCCCACAGGUGGGGAGGAGUACCCCAGAAGGGCGUGGGGAGGCCUCUAACUUUCCGAUCCCUGCUGUCCACCACGGAGAGAAGCAGAAGAGUCUCGUUCCUUAAGGUGCGGUGACACAGGAUGCGCGCUAAUUUCGGCUGUGGGCUGGCUUCCUGGUGCGCAGGGGAGCUCGGGACCGCUUUGCCUGGGGGUGCGGCUGCGCCCCCCCCCCCCGCCUUCUGGGGACCUCUGCUCCAGCCAGUACUUCAUAUAGAGCUUUGCACCUUGUAGGUGGCUUCCAUCGAUGUGACCUUGGACGUGUAUCUGAAGCUGACUGUCUUUAGAACCUGUGAAGACUCGAGCUGGGGCCCGGCUGCUUCACCCCUCCCGGGGCGGGGUCCCUGUGGGGGCAGCUCACUGGCAUCCGGCAUCUCCAGAGGAGCUCCCUCCAGCCAGCUUCACUGCGGGACCAGCAGGCCUUCCUUGUUGUGACUGACCCCUGUCCCCAGUGGGGCAGGAAGGACACUCGGAGAGGCUCGAGGAGGGUCUUCCCCUCCUUCAGUCCCUUUGCCCUGCGAACGGAGCUGCGCCCUCUCUGGAGCCCCGGGGAGUGGCCACAGCGGCCUCCGCGGGAGCGCAGACGGCAGGGCCCUGCCCACUCCGGGAGCUCGCAGGGAGGGACCCUGGACGCCAGGGGUGUGCUUUGCUGAGCAACUUGGUGGUGGGUGUUUGAUGGGUGCUAACGUUCGAGGACGUCGUCAGGAGAGACCUCCCCAUCCCUUAUUCCGGAAGGGUCGCCUUCAUUCAUUGGUGCUGUGUGUUUGUGACUGUGUCUGUGUUUCCCACAUCACGAUGUCAGGGUCAGCUUAGAUCACAAGGACAGACACCGAGCUGCCUGUCGUCUGGAGCCUGCACCAGGGGCUGGGUGUUGGUUUUGGGGUGUCCCCUCCCCAGGGGCCGAGAAGCGGUCGGGGAGGCGGGGAAUCGGCGCAUCCACCUUCACCUCGGUGAGAAGUGAAGUGUGGGGAAACCGCCUUUGGGGGUCUGGGGAGACAGGAGAGAAAGCCAGGGCCCCGCAGGAAGGGCUGUCCUCCCCAGCUCCGGCUCUGCCACCAGCAGACGCCCCAGACCCUGUUUCCAUAAACCAGUAAAUCUUAGGGAGCUGGUGCUUAGCGUGUUCUCAGCCCCAGAUGUUCUGUGCUUCAUCGCAGGACAGGGUGGGUGCCAGCGGAGGAAGCCAGGGCUGCCCAGCUGGCUCGUCCACGAGGGGUCGCUGGGCCCACCCGUGCCUGUGCUCCGGGACGAGCCCUUCCCCCGGUGCCUCAGAGUGUGCUCCUGGCUGUUUGGGACUGUGCCGACCGGGCACCCCUGGGCAAGGGCCUCACACUCCCCGGAUGCAAAGGAUGGAUGCGGUUAUUACCAAGUGCCCGGUGGAUUCCCGGCUCCUUUGGCUCCCACACUGGUGCAGGCACUCUGGAACUCAUCGGCCCGCCUCCCUCAAUCAACUGCAAUGGUUGAUUUCAUUGCGGCGUUCCCCGAUGCCCCACUCUGGGUGGGAGACAUCACAGCCCCGGGAGGGCAACAGCUACGUCUCCAGAUCACUCCCCAUGCCCUGCACCGUCACUGAAGUGCGGGGCCUCUCCCCGGGCACUAGUGCACUGCUAAUCGCAGGGUCGUAGGUCUCGUGGUGCUAUUUUCAUUGGUGCAAAUGAAGCGCUCGGUGGGCCGUGGCUUGAUACUGUCAGAACACAGGGAAAGGCCCCGAGGGCGACAGUGUCCUUUCUUUGUUCUCCUCCCCGUCCCAUGUACAUAGUUCCCGUGAAUUAGCUUGCCUGACGUGCUGUACCCGUGGUAUUUCUGUUUGACUUUCUGGUGCUGGUUCUGAAAGGAAGAAAAAAUAAGAAGAACAAGACACACAUUGGACCCCACUAUAAAUGAAAAAUUAAUCGUUUCAUUGGAAGCA